AUGGUAUCAUCUCCUGAACGUCAACGCGGUCGAAGGUAUGAGAGCAGGGAAGCUGGAGGUGCAAGGGCCACUGGUCGUACAGAUAGCCAAUCGGGAAGCUCCGGGUACUCGAGCUCGCGGAUUGAGAAUACGCCUCUUGAACCGAAUAUCAUCGGUGACCCGGAGACUGAUCGACGUUUACCUGGGGCGUCUGUGGCUGGGAACGCUUCAGAAUGGGGUCAGGUUCUCGGUGCAUUGGAGUCUGCAGAGGAAGGAGAAUCUUCGGACGAGGGAUUGUUGGACGAUAGUGCUGCAGAUGCGGCCGAAGCAGACUCUGAGGUUUCCGGUGAGGAUCUUUUGGAAAACAUGGAACGCGACUACCUGCCCGACCCAGAGCGUGACCGUUAUGAAAUCGAUCCGGAGGCGGAAUAUGACUCUGAGGCAAUGGAGCAGAUGGACCCAGUUACCCGUAGACUAGCUGAUGCUGCGGUAGACAGGCGUCUGCGCGAGGCCCGUCGUGAGCGGGCCCGUCGCCGGGCAAGUCGCACGCGUUCACGUCUAAUGCAUAUGUUAUGGUCAGAGUCAGCGGAAAGCAGUUCUGAAAUGCAUUCCCUUCGUGCAAGUGCAGCUGACGCGUCCGAAAGCGGUGCAGAACGCACACCCCAUAGUGGCUCGUCAUCCUCGCCGCGAAGGCGACAGUCCCAACCGCCACUGACGUCGUCCCCAAUUUCGACCAGUAUCAUGCUGGCAGACGGUCUGUCUUCCACAGCAGAUCCACUCGAUGAUGGCGCUGAAGAGGGCAGUUUCCAUUUGGAUGAUCACGGUAGCGAUAUUCGAUCGUGGCUGUGCCAGGAGCGCGCCCAACGCGCCUUGCAACGGCGCUUCAUUACGUUUCUGCGGCAAGCCGUCGAUGACACCACCGGCAGAGCGAUCUACGUUGAUCGCAUCAAGCACAUGUGCGCAGAGAACACCCAGAGCCUUGUUUUGAGCUAUCACGACCUGAUGACUGCGGACCCUCUGCUUGCUGUCUGGGUCUCUGAGGCUCCGGCCGAGGUGCUCCGCAUCUUCGAUGAUGCAGCGAUGCAUUUUCUGCUCAGCAUGUUUCCCCAGUAUCGCACCAUCCACCGAGAGAUCCAUGUGCGCAUCGCGGACUUGCCUAUAAGCGACCCGCUGCGCGACAUUCGGCAGGUGCAUCUGAACUGUCUGAUUCGAACAUCAGGGGUGGUCACAAAGCGCAGCGCAGUACUCCCGCAGCUCAAGCUUGUCACGCUAACCUGCCGAGCAUGCAGUGAAUCGCUCGGUCCAAUCGCUACCAAUUCGUUGAAUCCAGAAAAGUCCGUGAGAUGCUGCGCGAGAUGUGGGUCCAGGGGGCCCUUCGAGAUCGACGCACAGCAGACUGUUUAUGGUAACUAUCAGAGAAUGCUGAUUCAAGAGCCACCGGGUACGGUGCCUCCCGGACGCCUGCCUCGCUACAAAGAAGUGAUAUGCACUGGCGACCUGAUCGAUGUCGCACGACCCGGCGAUCUCAUCGAAGUGACUGGCAUCUAUCGUCACAGCUUCGACGCGUCGCUGAACUUGCGUCAUGGAUUUCCCGUUUUUGCGACCGUCAUAGAGGCCAACUAUAUCCGACGCCUGGACGGGGCUCUCGCUGAGCUCGACGCCCUCACCGACGAGGACGAGAAAACGAUCCAGGCGCUCGCUCGUGAUCCGUACCUGGCCGAGCGAGUCACAGCGACGAUCGCGCCUUCCAUUUACGGACACGAGAACGUGAAACGAGCCCUUGCGCUUGCGCUUUUCGGUGGUCAGGCGAAAGAGAUCGGCGAGCGGCAUCGUACCCGCGGCGAUAUUAAUGUCCUUAUUCUGGGGGAUCCAGGCAUGGCCAAGUCCCAGUUCCUCAAAUAUUUGGAGAAAGUCGCCCCGCGCGCUGUCUACACGACGGGAAAGGGUGCGUCGGCGGUGGGCCUCACAGCGGCUGUCCACAGGGAUCCAGUCUCACGCGAAUGGACCCUAGAGGGCGGCGCACUCGUUCUCGCCGACCAGGGCGUGUGCCUUAUUGAUGAAUUCGACAAAAUGAAUGAUCAGGAUCGCACCUCUAUCCACGAGGCCAUGGAGCAACAGAGCAUAUCCAUCUCUAAGGCUGGGAUCGUUACGACCUUGCAGGCGCGCUGUGCGGUGAUUGCGGCGGCGAAUCCUACCAAAGGGCGCUACGAUCCGGCGGUCUCAUUCAUGGAAAACGUGGACCUGACAGAGCCAAUCCUGUCCCGUUUCGAUGUGCUCUGUGUCGUGCGCGAUGUUGUCGACCCGUCUGCUGACGAGCAGUUGGCGGAUUUCGUUGUCCAGUCGCACAUGCAGGCACAUCCAUACGGCGUCUUGAUGACGUCCCGGAACGCGGGUGCUGAGCGUACCCACGGCAACGACAGUGCCGACGAAACCGACGUUGGUGCAUCGCAGCCGCUGGUCCCAGUGCUGCCACUGUCGCAGCCUGCGGAGGCUGCCCCCGUGGAGGCACGAGAUCCGCCAUCGACGACAGCAGUCUCGCCGACUAGGCCACUCGCAGGGGCUCUUGAUCCGGUCAGCACAUCUGGACGCAUGUGCUCGCCAGGCGAGCGCCGGUUCGAGCCCAUUCCUCAAGACCUCUUUCGCAAAUACAUCGUGUACGCACGCCGCCGCGUUCAUCCACGUCUUGCCAACGUAGAUGAGGAGAAGAUCUCGCAGCUUUACAUCGAUCUGCGACGUGAGUCGCUUGCCUGCGGCGGUAUGCCGAUAGCGUUGCGACAUCUCGAGUCUGUCAUUCGACUCGCAGAGGCGCAUGCGCGAAUGCAUUUACGCUACCAAGUCAUUGAUGAGGAUGUCAAUGCUGCCAUUGCAGUCAUGCUCGAGUCGUUCUUCUCAUCCCAGAAGUAUUCGGUGAUGCGCGGUCUGAAGCGAACCUUCCACAAGUACCUCGCCUUUCAACGCAACGACGACGAGCUGCUUCUCUACUUGAUCAACGGUUUGGUGCGCGAGUAUGCUUCCGCGGAAGCGGCAGCGCGUUCCGGAGCAGAGACGUACCAGUUGGCGCUUUCGCAGUCAGCAUCGCAGGGCGCAGCUGGCCAAGGCCAGCGGGCAUCGGGGUCGUCCGGCGCCACGUCUGCAGCGCUCUCCAGAACAGUUCGUGUUCCUCUUGUCGACUUUGAGAACCGCGCACGAGCGCUGGGCAUCACCAAUAUCGAGCGCUUCUAUACGAGUGACCUCUUGCGCGCCCGACGUUUCGAGCUCGAUCGCCGCCACGGUUACAUCAUCAAGCACAUUUAA